AUGGUCGAUAUCUGUUUGAACGAUAAGCAGUGCAGCAACGGCGGAGUCUGCAGCGGCAACAAAUGCAUCUGUCCAUCCGGAACCUACGGAGCCAGGUGUGACGCCCAGAACGUCGACUCCGACACCGACAUUAGUCUCUGUACGGAAGACGGCAACCARUGCCAGAACGGUGGGGUCUGCAUCAAGGACACCACGGAAAUCAACAACGUAACGGUGGACGCCAACUUCUGUAAGUGUCCCGAUGGAUAUUUCGGGGGCAGGUGCCACGGCCACUCCGGCGGUGGCGGGAGUGCCGCCGUGCCGGACGGCACYACCUGGAUCAGCGUCUGCACCMAAGACGGCGGCGAGUGCAAGAACGGCGGGACCUGCGUCCUGGAAACCGAAACCCACAACGGGCAAGUCGUGGACGCCAACUACUGCCGUUGUCCCGAUGGUGGCCUUGGAUCCUCGUGCGACUUUGACCAUUCGAGCGGCCCGGACGGUACCGGGGACGAGGAUGAGGACAAGCCCGAGCCCGAGGACAACACGGAGGACGAGGUCAAGCCCGUCGUGCCGUCGAGGAGCGUGUGCACCAAAGACGGCGGCCAGUGCAAGGGCGGGACCUGCGUCCUGGCAACCGAAAAGGUCAACGGGCAAACCGUGGACGCCAAUUACUGCAUCUGUCCCGAUGGUGGCCUAGGAUCCCAUUGCGACCCUGCCAAGUCGAGCGGUCAGGGCGGCGCCAACGACGAGGUCAAGUCCGACGAGGUCAAGUCCGACGAGGUCAAGUCCGAGCCCGCGGACGACACGAAGGAAACAGCACCGGAUAACAACGCAUGCACCCCGGAAAAGAACAUAUGCCAGAACGGCGCGCCCUGCAUCAAGAAAACCGAAAUCAUCGAUGGAAAGCAGCGCGGUGCCAAUUAUUGCAAGUGCCCGGAAGGAUAUUCCGGAAAAUUAUGCCACGGCACUCCACCGAWGGACAACAAUCAAGACAACAAGGAUUCGGAAGCCAAAAAUCAAGACAGCAAGAAUGAUAAUCCUGACGGAACCGCAGGGCUCAGCGUGUGCACGAAAGAUGGAAAGGAAUGCCAGAACGGUGCACCUUGCGUCAUAAAAACCAUGGAGCUUGGYGGAGAAACAGUCGAUGCCAAUUAUUGCAAGUGUCCCGAUGGAUUUUUCGGAGCCGUCUGCCACGGCAAGCAUUCGAACCCCCAAGAUUCUAACGAUGCAACUUUGCCGGUCAGUAAAAACGACAACGGUACUAGCAAAACUCCCAUCGAUAAGAGCAGCGGUCCCGACAAAAUCUGCUCGAAGGACGGGGAUGAAUGCAAGAACGGCGGAAUUUGCGUUCUCUCGGAUUUCGGAAACUAUUGCUCGUGUCCCGAAGGCUUCUCUGGUACUGUCUGUGACUCAGAAUACAUUUGCCCAUUGGAUUGCAAGCACGGGAGUAGUUGUCGCCAUUUCGACCAAGUGAAUGGAAUGAUCAACUCCGAUGGCCUAGAACCGACCUCCUUUUAUUGCGAAUGCGUCGGGAACUACAAGGGAAUGACCUGCAACAUUCCUUACGAGAGUUGUCCAAAAAGCAAGGAUGGCAAAAAUUUGGAUUGCUUGUACGGAGGCGAGUGCAUCGAAGGCUUUCCCGGAGACUACGUUUGCAAGUGCCCCAAGGACCGAACCGGAGSCAGCUGCGAAUUUGGACAGCAGUCGAACRUCGAGGAUUACAACGGCCCCUGUUUCGCAAACGAUGACUGCUUCAACGGUGGUUUGUGCAUCCGUGAGCACGAUGCCGACGAAACGGCGAAAUCGGGCAUGCUGAGCAAGCGAACCCACUGCCUGUGCACAUCCGGAUGGGGCGGUGACAACUGCGAAGCAAAGUGCGACCUCGAUUGCCAGCAYGGAGGUUCCUGCCGUUUUGCGUCGGGCGGCGACGACGACGCGGCCACAUCUGGUCCCUAUUGCGACUGCAGGGACAUCGACUUUACCGGGGWUUACUGCGAGAUUCCCCUCGAUGAGUGUCCCGGCAACGACGGCAUCGCGUGUAUGCACGGCGGAAAAUGCACGGGRGCAGACAGCGGUGUCUUCUGCGAUUGUCCUCCGGGCCGGACCGGCCUUUUCUGCGAAAGCAUCGAUGGAAAUGCCAAGCCGUCGCAACCAUCGAUCUCGAAUUCGAACUCGAACAACAGCUUCGGGUUCUCUCCUUCGUCGUCAUCUUCUUCGUCGUCGUCCGUGCCAGUUGGCCUCACUAGUAUUAUCACCGUCGUCGCGGUGUUGUCGCUGGUUGGCUUGCUGACCUUUACUUUCUAUCGACGAAAGGUGAGCCUGAAAAGCGGUGUCCUGGAUGAGGAUGCCGCCCAGGUCGAGAACGGCGAAAACGGAACCGCCGAAGGAUCGAGCGGUGGCGUUGCGUCUCAAGCCGAUGGCGACGAAGACAUCUUUGACUAUGAUACCAGUGGUGUUGUUGACGUAAACCUUGACGAUACCGAACCGGUUGAACUGGACAAGGAGAAGCAGAUUGUUUGAGGAACGAAACACGCAAACCGAGACAGUUAAUACAUCUCUGGACAACGUAGUUCCGAAGCCCAAGGAAGGGAGUACACACGGAGUGUUUUCAGAGUCAGCCAAGCAUAAUCUAAAUAAUAUUUCUUGUAUGAUCGAAAACUCGUAAUAUUCUUCAAUCAAAUCCCCAAGACUGAGCAAGAUGACUGCAAUUUGCAAUGACAGCGAAGAAAACUUGAACCGGUACUCCUUGAGUUUUUUGUUGUAGCUCAGGGAGAGACUGCGAAAUGUACGGAUGGUGGUUACCUUUGGGUAUUCACUUUGGUUCUGAUGAUGGUUAGAUGAGCUGAGGUAGGUCCUUUGUUGCUCACGACUUGCGAAAUGUGCGUGUGCUCUUUAGUGUUGUAGAACUACAUUUUAUCACAAAGAGUGAGGUUACUGGUCACACACUAGCUAUUCGUGAUCUACGUGCCUCACAGAGACAAUCUUCAAAUAUUCGAGAAGUGAUUACUAAAUGCAGGGAGAAUUAUACGAGACAUUUAGACCGUAUUUGCUCUGAAAUAUUCCUAUCACGAAAUGAGUGGGAAAGUAUACGAAUAGCAUUCUGCAUGGAAUCGUUCGUCAAUGGUUUCUCUUAUUAACGACGCAGUUCCUUCGUGCGGUUUUCACUUCCACCGUUCUGAAAUUGCAAUUUUGGCUCACUUGUUUUCACUUCGUGACUCCAUAGAAUUCAUAUCGUACUCGAAUGAGAUGCCUUGCCCUACUUCCCCCGUAUUCAUAWWUAUGACAAAAGCCCUCUCUUCAUUGCCAAGUUGGCCCAAAGAAACUGAUUAUCGAAUGGCCAAGAGGGUAGUCCGUAAGCCAUAUGUUUUCUUGUUUUUUCCUUCAGUCCAUACCUUAGAUCAUGGUCCAAGUGAAUAGCACGAAAGCAAGAACAAUGAAAUAAUGGAAUAACCCACACGUCUACAU